AUGGCUUCUCAACCUGAAAUUGCUAAGAAUUUAUUUGCUUCCACUACCACUUUGGUUGAUUAUCCUGCAAAGGAGGAGAAAAAAUCACAUGAGGACAAUGUCGACACAUAUUUGGAACAACUUUUCUAUAAGUUGAAGAAUGACCCUGAGAUCAGUAAGCUGCCUCACAAUGAAGCUCACUUAGAGAUAUACAACGCGUUGAAGAAGAGGGUCGAUGAUAUCAACAAUGAGACUUGUGAACCAGGUGAAGAAAACUCUUUCUUUGUAUGCGACCUAGGUGAAAUUGAAAGAUUGUACGCUAACUGGUGGAAAGAACUACCAAGAGUUCAGCCAUUUUACGCUGUCAAGUGUAACCCAGAUUUGAAGAUAAUAAGAAAAUUGGCUGACCUCGGAGCUAACUUCGAUUGUGCCUCUAAAUUGGAGAUAGACAAGGUCUUAUCAAUGGACGUCAACCCAGAAAGGAUCAUUUACGCAAACCCAUGCAAAGCAGCUUCUUUCAUUAGAUAUGCUGCCACGAACAAAGUUAUGAAGUCCACGUUCGAUAACGUUGAAGAACUUCAUAAGAUUAAAAAGUUUCAUCCUGAAUCUCAACUAUUCCUGCGGAUUGCAACUGAUGAUUCUACAGCACAAUGCCGUUUAUCUACCAAGUAUGGAUGUGAAAUGGAAAGAGUCGACUCCUUAUUGGAAUGCAUCAAAACACUGGGUCUAAACCUGGUAGGUGUUUCUUUCCAUGUUGGUUCUGGUGCUUCAGAUUUCUCAAGUUUAUAUAAAGCUGUCAGAGAUGCUAGAAUCGUCUUUGAUAAAGCAGUCAACGACUAUGGUCUUCCUGAACUUAAGACACUUGAUGUUGGUGGUGGCUUCCAAUUAGAAUCAUUUAAGGAAUCCAGUGCUGUUCUAAGACUGGCAUUGGACGAAUAUUUCCCAGAGUCAAGCAAGGUAGACAUUAUUGCAGAACCAGGCAGAUAUCUCGUAGCUUCUGCCUUCACAUUGUCAGCAAAUGUUAUUGCUAAGAGAAAGUUAAAUGAAGCUGAAUCAAUGAUUUAUGUCAACGACGGUGUUUAUGGAAACAUGAACUGUAUUCUUUUUGACCAUCAGGAACCAACACCAAGAACUCUAUGGCAUGAUAACAAUUAUCAUUAUGAUGAUUUUGAUUCUACUUCACCAAACCCAAUCACAACUUGCCCAUACAAAGUUUCUAUGUGGGGACCUACUUGUGACGGUCUAGACUGUAUUACCAAGGAGUAUUACAUGAAGCAUGACCUAGUGGUAGGAGACUGGCUCUACUUCCCAAGAUUGGGUGCCUACACCUCCAGUGCGGCCACGCCAUUCAAUGGGUUUGACCAAACUGCUGAUAUUAUAUACAUCAACUCAGAGAACCAUGACAAUAUAUGA